AUGCGUUGCAACACUAUACGAUGUGUAUACGGUUUGAUAGCGAAACUUGGAGAGAGAGCUGAGAUCAAGACGUACGAUGAUGCUUUCAACAUAUUACAAUUUAGGAGCUAUUCAAAAUCCUAUUGGAACCACAAGGGAAAGAAGCGUGGAAUGUUUGGACGACAGAGAAGUAGGGAGUUAUUUUUUGGUGGUACGUCACGGGAUAGGGAAGCAGCAAAUGUAGUGAUUAGCCAAGUGAAAGGAAUCAAUGAACAGGGUCUCAUAAAGCUUAUUAAGGAUGGUAAAGACAUGGGGGUAACGAGCAUAUUGGAGUGCUGUAAGAGGCUUAAUCUUGAUGAAGAGGGUCUUGUUUUGGUAUCACGUUUACGGAAACGAAUAGGUGAUCUGAGUGAAGAAAUAUUACCGGUGGUUCGCAUUGUUGGUCGCCAACAAGCAAGAAAGGCGUAUUCGGAUUAUUUAGGAGAGAAGGUCCGCGAGCGUUUACUCAUCACACAUCCGGAGUUAAUUAGGAAACAGGAGAAGGGGAAAAAGAAGACAAAAUCUUUAGGUGGAGAAAUAUUGAUGGAAAAUGGAGGUGCAGACUUCAAAGUAGUGAGAGUGUCUUGGAAGAUCAAGACGAAUGAUCUCGAGGGCCAAAAAAGGCACGAAAUAACAAGUCAAUUGAAGAAGGGCGAGCCAGUUUGCAUAAUAUUUGAUGAGAAAGGAAACUUCUUUCGCUCACAGAGAAUGAAUAAUGGAGAAGAAAUGUCAGAUGCCGAAAUCGCAAGAAGGAAUUUCGUGUCGGACAAUAUCAAGAAAUUGUUGGAAGAGGUGGGGGCAACAUAUGAAACUGAAGGAGAAAUAACAGAGAAGCUAGCGUUUAAAGUGACGCCUGUGAUAAAGAAGCAAAUCUCUAAACAAGAAAAAAAAGAAUUGAAGCUGCAAAAGAAACACGAAAGACAAGAAAAGCUUCGCCAGCGCACAGAAAAGAAAAGAAAAGAAGAGAGGAUGAAUUUAAAGAAGCUCCAGGCUUCGUGA